UUCACCUUUUUGUCAGUUUACCAAUUCUGCCACCAGAAGCAGCCGCGUCUCUUCCCUUCUCUCUGCACACAUAAAAGCCAGCGACUUGCCGAUUCUCUUGCAUUUGCGCCACGACUGGGCUUUCGCUUCUCCGCCGCACGUCGUUUUCCAGGCAUCAUCUCCACGGUUACCGACUUUCUUGGUUGCCCCUCCGACGACUUCUUCGUCCCUUCUAUCCCUUCGACGACUGGACCCUGCGCAAACUUUUCCCCAUCGCCUUGUUCAAUUGAGAUUCGCUCGCAGCCAACACAUCAUCUCUGCUAAUUGCCUGUUGUUAUUUUCUCGAAAAUCCGCCACCAUGUCUGUCGUGUCACUUCUUGGCGUUAGGGUGAUGAAUAACCCCGCCAAAUUCACCGACAAGUACGAGUUUGAGAUCACAUUCGAGUGCCUUGAGUCGCUUGAGAAGGAUCUCGAGUGGAAGCUGACCUACGUCGGAUCCGCUACUUCCGAUCAAUAUGACCAGGAGCUAGACUCCCUUCUUGUCGGUCCCAUUCCGGUUGGAGUCAACAAAUUCGUCUUCGAGGCCGAGGCUCCCAACACCACUCGCAUCCCCGACGCUGAUGUCCUUGGCGUGACGGUCAUCCUCCUGACCUGCGCCUACGAUGGCCGCGAGUUUGUGCGCGUCGGAUACUACGUCAACAACGAGUACGACUCGGAUGAGCUCAACGCUGAGCCACCUGCGAAGCCGAUCAUUGAGAGGGUGAAGCGAAACGUCCUCGCCGAGAAGCCACGUGUGACCCGUUUCGCUAUCAAAUGGGACUCUGAGCUCUCUGCGCCCCCUGAAUUCCCUCCUGAGCAACCUGAGGCCGACCUUGCUGCGGACGAGGAAGAGUACGGUGCUGAGGAAGCCGAGGACGAGGCUGCCGAAGAGGCUGCUGACGAAGCGGUCGCCAAAGGAAAGGGCGAAGACGAUGAGAUGGCUGGCAUUGAGAGCGAGCACCAGAACGGACAUGAUCACGAUCAUGAAGAGGACGAGAUGUCCGAAGAUGGCAGCGUUGACAUUGAGGGCGAGAGUGAAGACGAGCUAGAGGAAGAGGAAGAAGGCGAAGGCGGGGCGGAUGGUGAUGAUGAUGCCAUGGAGGUUGAUGGUGCCGCCGCCGCUCACAACCCCGUUUCAGUCGUGUCGUAAUUCACACCAUCACGCAGCUCCGACGAGCUUUUUCUGUGUUCGGGUAUUGAGCACACUUUGCUUUUAUGGCGUUGUGCCAUUUAGACGGGACAUAGAGUUACGAAGACACUAUGGGAUGGGAUGGCAUCGGCUAGGAGGGAGGGGUGGAUAGGCGGUUUCGGUAUAAUUGGUGAUAUCCUCAAAGAUCUUGUUAUAAUUAGUGACAAGAAGACAAAAUGAUAGCAUAUGACGGAUGACGGCACUGGAUGUCGAGGCU